CAUAUUGGUUUGUGAGCGUGCGCGAGCGUGCGCGCCUAUGUGUUUUUUUUUUUAUUUUUUUUAUUUUGGGGAAGGGAUUGUUUCGGGGGUCUCGCCGUUUUGAGGUCGAGCCGGUUCGAGGGAGCUAUGAAUUUUGAAUUUGAGAGGGAGAUCGGUUUUAUCAACAGCCAGCCGUCCCUAGCAGAGUGCCUGACGUCCUUCCCCGUCCUGGAGUCAUUUCAAACUUCAUCAAUCAAGGAGUCGACAGUAAUUCCGCCUCCCUUCGAGCACACCAUCCCCAGCCUCAGCCCCUGCACAGCCAGCCAGCCGAGACCGGCAGCCAGGAGCCAGCAGAACCGGAGGACCUCCGUCACCAAUGGCCUCCAGACGCACCACCGGGGCGCCCAGCAGCCCUGCCCGCCCGGCCAGACCCCUGCCCCGGCCACGGCCGCCCCGGCCGGCCCGCUGGCCCACGAGUUCCCCUGGAUGAAAGAGAAGAAGUCUUCGAAGAAGUGCACGAAGCCCGGGAGCGGCCCCGGCGGUGGCGGAUCCAUCAUCCCCACUGCCUCGUCUUCCCCGUCGCCGACCGCCUCCGGGUACCCUUCGGCGGGCAUCGAGUCACCCACAGACCCGAGCCAGGCGAGUCUGGACUGUGGAGGAGCCGGGUCCCGGCGGCUGCGCACCGCCUACACCAACACGCAGCUGCUGGAGCUAGAAAAGGAGUUCCACUUCAACAAGUACCUGUGCCGACCCAGGAGGGUAGAGAUCGCAGCCCUCUUGGAUCUGACCGAGCGGCAGGUCAAAGUCUGGUUCCAGAACCGGCGGAUGAAACACAAGCGCCAGACGACGCACCACCGGGACGGCGGAGGCCACGAAUCCGGCGAGUUCGAGCCGCUCGAAGGAGCCGACGCCUCGUCCCCGUACUCCAGCCAGCCGCUGGAAGCAUCCGGCACCGGGGAGGCUGCGUCGGACGGGGAGGCGGGGAGCUGUAAUCCAUCUUCGGCCGCCGCCUACGCGAGUGACAGCGGGGACAAUGCACAACCUACGCCGGAGGAAGGAGGCCGGUUGAGCCGCCCCGAACGCCCACAGCCGCCGGCAGCAUCUGGCUCCUCUGACGCAGACGUGGCUCGCCACUCUCCGCCGGCGUUCACCGCGACGACCUCCGCCGAUAACCCGGGCCUGAUGCAGCUCGGCGAGGCCGUGACCUCGGCUACAGCAGGAGGAUCCGACCCGUCGUUCUCCGAGCUGCGGGACUCCUCCGUCUCCUCCACCUCGUCCUCCGCUCCCGCCGCCUCCUGCUCGACCCCGCUCCCCGACCUGGCCUUCUUCGCCGGGGACGCCUGCCUGUCGCCCAGCCUGCAGAGCUCCCUGGACAGCCCGGUGGAUUUCUCCGAGGAGGACUUCGACCUGUUCACGAGCACGCUGUGCACCAUAGACCUGCAGCACCUGAACUUCUGAGAAAUAUAAAAGUACUGAAACACUGAGGAGACAGUGUGGAACAAUCGGCACUCUGUUGUUUAAAAAGCAUAAAAGCUUCUCGGCAACAUUCCUGAGACAUUUCUGAAUGAAAUAUUCAUAUGUUCGUUUCUAAAUCUAUUUUUUCAUCUUCUUGCUGGUUUUUAUUUCACGGCUGUAAUGUACCUAGUGUAAGAGAGAUACAAUUCAUUUUAUUUUUCAUUUUAAAUAUCGAACGGAUUUUUUUUAGUUUUUCCACGAUCGAAACUUUGUGGAUUUUUUCUCUCUCCCCUUGUUCAGGUAUUUAUUGCCUUUCUUUUGUUUUUUAUUUUUUGUCAAAUAUGAUUAACCGUUAUCGGUAUGUGUGGAUUUGUUUCCUCUCAGUACAUUCUGGUGCAGCUUCAUGGAUCCUUAAUAACUUCUCAGGAACUGUUCACGGAGUCUAUAGACACAGAUAGCUGGACUGCUUUUUAGAACAAAACCCCAACUGGAGAAUGAAUUCAUUCAAGUCCUGCUGACGACCCGAGUUUUAGACCCUAGUUUAUUUAUUGAGAUUCUUUAAUAGUGAAAAUCCAAAUUAUUUAUUGUACAUAUAUUUUCAUAGUGGAAUAAUGAUAAUAAUAAUAAAAAACA